AUGCCUCACGCAACAGACGAAGGGAAACCCGGUGAGGAAUCCGGCCCUCGUCGCAUUGUCCUUUGCUUCGAUGGUACUGGUAACCAGUUCCAUGGCAAUGAGUCGGACACCAAUAUUGUAAAAAUUUAUCAAAUGCUCGAGAGACACACCCCGGGCCAAUACCACUAUUACCAGCCUGGAAUCGGUACCUAUGUCAAAGGCCAAGGAUCCAGCUCGACGCGUUUGAAUCUUAUUCCCAAGAUCAAAUCCGCCAUCCUCACCACAGUCGAUUGCAUGGUGGGCUCGUCAUUCCGAAGCCAUGUCCUGGAUGGGUACCGCUUUGUUAUGCGCUUCUAUCGACCCGGAGAUCACAUCUACAUCUUUGGAUUCUCGCGUGGUGCAUACACGGCACGGUUUCUUGCAGAAAUGAUUCAGAGCAUUGGUCUCUUAUCCCAGGGAAUGGACGAAAUGGUCCAAUUCGCUUGGGAUACCUUUAGCAAUUACCAGCAAGCCAAAGGAAACGAUCCCCCCACGGAAAAGGAUAAGCAGCUCAUUGCGUAUAUGGAGAAAUUCAAGAUUACUUUCUCCCGGCCAGACGUGGGAAUCCAUUUUCUGGGUCUGUUCGACUGCGUCAACAGUGUUGGUCAGUUCGAAAUCCCGCUCUACCGCACCUCCUACAAGGUCAUUGCGAGUCCAGCUGCUCGAUACAUCCGGCAUGCAGUGUCUAUUCACGAGAGACGUCUCAAGUUUAAGCCUGCUCUUUUUAUUAUGGAUAAGGACGGCCCUCCCGUGGAUCUUAAGGAGGUCUGGUUCGCCGGUAACCACAGUGAUAUCGGAGGUGGCUACGGACUUGAACCGGGUCAGAAGCACCUAUUGUCUGACACGCCAUUGAACUGGAUGAUCCAAGAAGUCCUCAAUCUGGAAGGCUCGGAGAGCAAACUAUCUUUCCAGACGCUGAAUGUCGAGGACGUAUCGAAAGCUGAAAACGCCUUCCCUGGGAAAGAGACUCCCGGAACCAAUGCUUUCCUGCUGCGGAGGAAGACAAACCAGCCCCACGACACGCUCAGUUUUGGACACGGCACAUUCUUCUUGAUGGUCCUUUGCUGGUGGAUCCUUGAAUUCCUCCCCAUUUUCACGCGUCUAGAAUUGGAGAACGGCAAAUGGGUCCCGCGCCGGCUUCCACCAAAUCUUGGUGCCCCACGAGAUCUGCCUCACGACGCCGUAAUCCACCCUAGCGUCAAAGAAAUGGUCAAGGCCGGUAUCCUGGACAAAGAGUCGAUUCCCCCGCGAGGCGGAGACAAUCCCAACCUUCCAAAUGUCGCAAACCUCGCCUAUACGUGGAAGAAACUGCGGAACACCGCGGCUAGUCAAGCGUCAAACCUGUCCAAGGACUCGAACGGCGGGUCGGAGAAGGCCAAUGGCACUGCUCAUGGCGGAUUAGAGCCUGCAAAGGUAUUGGGCUGA